GUCCUGUCCUACUAUACUGUGUACACCUCAAGCUGGCUUCAUAGUGGUAAUUGACUUGAUAGCUUGCUUCAUGCUCAAUACACUGGGCUAAACUUACCCUCCUGCCCAUUGCCAUCCGCAGUUGUCUUUCAGUGCAUGAGCCUCCAUUCCUUUGAGCGACCACCCCACGAAACAAGCAAUCAUGGGCGGUGAGACGUCUACCUCUUCUCGUUCGACAUCCGCCUAUCCCCAGCGGGCGACACUUCCUGUGGGCAAGAAAAUAGAAGGCAUAUACACAGACCGCCUAAAACAGUUCACAUCAGGCGGUCAGUACCAGAAGGAGAGCCUUCUUGACAAGCUAUACCACAACAUCUGCGACGACGACGACCAUGUGAAGCUUUCAGUCUACUCCCCACCGAAUCUUGCGAGGCCGACCUUCAAGGAGGCAACGUCUCACACCUUCAAACCUACGCAUCGUGGAGAAUCCUUCGGCCCAUCGUGGUCAACCCAUUGGUUCAAAGUCCAACUUACGGUUCCGGAACAUAUGUGUGAUGGAGAGCAUUUGGAAUUCCACUGGGAUGCAAAUAACGAGGGACUUGUCUGGACGCACGACGGCAAUCCGCUGCAAGGCUUGACGGGUGGUGGAGACCGCACAGAAUGGAUACUUCCAGACAGCUGGCGAGAUGGAAAGGAACACACCUUUUACAUCGAGAUGGCCUGCAAUGGCAUGUUCGGCAAUGCCCCCGGUGGCGACAGCAUCCAGCCCCCAGAUCCGAACAAAUACUAUACAUUAUGGAAGGCGCAGAUUGUGGACGUCAAUCUUGCGGCACGCCAGCUGUAUGUAGACUUUUGGAUUAUUGGAGAUGCGGCAAGGGAAUUCCCAGGUGACGGUUGGGAGAAGCACGAAGCACUCGUGGUAUGCAAUCAGAUCAUGGACACCUUUAUUGCUGGUAACGGCUCUGCCGAGUCAAUCGAGGAAGGUCGCAAGAUUGCGCAGAAGUACAUUGGCAAAAAUGUCGAUUCUUCCAAGGUCUAUGACUCGGACGCAAAGAGCAUCGUCUAUGCCAUCGGACACUGCCACAUUGAUACCUGUUGGUUGUGGCCAUGGGCUGAGACCAAGCGCAAAGUCGCCAGGAGCUGGUCCAACCAGUGUGAUCUUAUGGAUCGCUACCCGGAACACAGGUUUGCGUGCAGUCAGGCCCAGCAAUACAAGUGGCUGAAGCAGUACUAUCCGUACGUCUUUGACAGGGUAAAGUCAAAGGUGAAGGAGGGUAAGUUCCAGCCAAUUGGUGGGAGCUGGGUUGAGCAUGACACCAAUAUGCCGAGUGGCGAGUCUCUGGUCAGACAAUUUCUCUAUGGUCAACGAUUCUUCGAGAGCAACUUUGGUGAAAGGUGCCAGACGUUCUGGCUUCCAGACACUUUCGGAUACUCAAGCCAGCUGCCUCAGAUAUGUCGGCUGGCUGGCAUGUCUCGGUUCUUUACUCAGAAAUUGAGUUGGAACAAUAUCAACAACUUUCCACACACCACGUUCAAUUGGGUGAGCUUGGACGGAAGCCAGGUCAUUUGUCACAUGGCGCCGAGCGAGACAUACACAGCGGACGCCCAUUUCGGAGACGUCAAGCGCAGCGUUACCCAGCACAAGAGUUUGAACGAAGACAACACUUCGUUGCUUGUUUUUGGAAAAGGGGACGGUGGCGGAGGCCCCACCAGGGAGAUGCUCGAAAAGCUGAGAAGAUGUCGCGGUCUCAGCGACACCACCGGAUUGCUGCCACGCGUGCAGAUGGGCAAAUCGGUUAACGACUUCUUCGAAAACUUGGAGAAGAAGGCCGCCGAUGGCACCAAGUUCGUUACAUGGUACGGCGAGUUAUACUUCGAGCUACACCGAGGCACCUAUACCACUCAAGCCAACAACAAACUGAACAACCGGAAGCAAGAAGUCAUGUUGCAUGAUAUCGAAUAUCUGGCAACCCUAGCAAGCUUGAAGAGCAAGAGUUACAAAUAUCCCAAGAAAGAAAUUGACGAAAUAUGGGAAAAUGUGCUUCUUUGUCAAUUCCAUGACUGCCUCCCUGGUAGCUCAAUCGAGAUGUGCUACGAUGACUCUGAUGCACUCUAUGCCCACAAUGCGAAACUGGGAGAGAAGGUCAAGGAAGAAGCGCUCACAGUGCUUGGGCUGUCUAAACAUAUCAAGGCAAAUACUCAACUAGCGGCCGUCAACACUGCUCCCUGGAAGCGAUCUGAAUUGGUACCCAUUCCCCAGGUUCAGGCCGGAUCACAGGAACAGAAGUAUACAUUUGUCUCUGGCGGUCCAGGUGUUUCCAAAACUCAUGCAGCAUCGGCAAUUCAAUCCACGGCAUCCGUUGAGGAGGUCAAGAAGGGCGUGUUCAUGUUGAAGAACAGCAAAUUCCAGAUCGAAGUCGAGGCAGGGGUUAUCACUUCCUUGAUUGAUCUGAAAGCAGAUCGAGAAGUGAUUGCCAAAGGUGGCAAGGCAAAUCAACUGGUCAUAUUCGACGACAAGCCAUUGUACUGGCAAGCUUGGGAUGUUGAGGUCUUUCACCUAGACUCCCGCAAAGAGCUCAAGUCAGAAGCUUCCGAAAUUGUUGAGAAGGGCCCGUACCGAGUCAGUGUGGCGACCAAGACACAAGUCAGCAAAGAGAGCUGGGUGAAAACAACAAUCAGCCUUGACGCCUGCGAUAGCGAUAGCGAUGUCGGGUUCGUGUCGGUCGAUGCUGAAGUUGAAUGGCGUGAGAACAUGAAGUUCUUGAAGGUGGAAUUCCCCGUCGACGUGGUCAAUACCGAAGCAAGCUAUGAGACCCAGUAUGGCAUCAUCCGCCGGCCGACUCAUUACAAUACCAGCUGGGAUAUGGCCAAGUUUGAAGUAUGCUGUCACAAGUUUGCCGACUUAUCCGAGGCCGAUUAUGGUGUUUCCAUCCUGAACGACUCCAAGUAUGGGUUUGCGACAUGCGGCAACCUCAUGCGGCUGUCGCUCAUCCGUGCACCCAAGGCUCCUGAUGCGCAUGCUGAUAUGGGACGACACCAUAUCAAAUGGGCUAUCAUGCCACAUCAGGGGGCACUCAGCGCCAACACCGUUCGGGCUGCGUACAAUUUCAACCAUCCGAUGAAGUUGGUUUCUUUAGUCGAUGACAGACCUAAGGAACUCUUCAAUGCAAUCCACCUUAACGGUGCCAAAUCGUUGGUGCUCGAUUGUAUCAAGCGAGGAGAGGACGAUGAGGACGUGUCCCGAGGAGAGCUGUCACAAAGAUCUGGACAGAGUGUGAUCCUGAGAGUCUACGAAAGUAUGGGUGGCAAGAGCAGGGGAACCAUUGAGACGACACUACCGGUCAAGAAGGUCUUCAAGACCAACGUUCUGGAGGAUGAUUUAGAGAGCUUGAAGAUGACAGGGAAGAACAAGAUCAGCAUUGACAUUGAGUUGCGGCCGUUUGAAGUUGCUACUUUCAGACUGCAAUUGUAGGAAGAAAGGGACAUCACCGGGUGGGUUUGUGUCAAGGCUCUGCUUUUUCGUCCCAAAAGCCCAUGCGCGGUCAAUCCAGUAACUUGGAUAUAAUCUGGAGUUUCUGUAGGCACUCAGCUUGUACGAAGGGUCUUUCAAAAGGACAUUCAUC